AUGGAAAAUAGCGAAACCCAACAAGGCCAUGACCAUGAGGAAAAGGAACAUUUUGAUUCCGAUUACGAUGAGGGUGACGCUGUUCUAGCUCGAGGCUGGCCACGCAACCACCGCAACCUCGUUAAGCAUGGAUUCAGACCUGUAUGGACAUCGCAGGAAGGAUACCCUGAAGAUGAGAUCCCAGCGGAUAUUCAAGAGUGGCUGGACGAGAAUGGGCAGCGCAGAUCUGCCGAAAUCAUUGGCCCUCUGCGUAGCCUCGCAUGGCUAGCGGGUCUGGAUGAACUUGUCCAAGCCAUCGACCACCCUGCGUACGUUAUUGAGGAUGACAUAGAAGUCAUUCCUUUUGGGGUAGGCCUGUUAUGGCCACUCAAUCGACGGGAAGAAGAAGGGACCGUGCCACCCACGAUCUGGGCCAAGGCCUCUGGAAACAAUCCAACAGUCGUUUCUUCACCCUUCGUGACAACAGCUCCUAGUACUACGCCGGCGGCCAUCAAAGGGAGCCUUGAAACCCACAGUCUCCGCGACCUCUACCCGGCCUCUCGUGCCCAAGCAUCAGACCAUGUUAAAUGCGUUAAGAUACGAUUCGAUAAGAACAUAAAUUGGCUAGAAGCCGAUAUCAGGAAGCUCGUGGGUGCCCCUCUCGAAUCAGAAAAUCUUUGGUUUCGAGGAUUGGGCUUGAAUGCACUGGAAUCGACAUUGGCUCUUUUCAUCCCUGAAAGGACCAGCCAUAAUUCAGAUAAUGAAUUAGGGCCUGGAUUUUACACUGCGAGCACCCUUCAGUACGCACUUGAAUAUGUUCGAAUUGGAGGCGCAGUGAUGGUCUUUAAGGACCCAGCUUUACACAGCACUAAAGUUUGGGAGCUAGAUUCGCAACCUUGGACUGCCUGGAUCGCUAGAUGGAAGCAUCUACAACUGGCUAUUGCACAUGAUCCAAUCCCAGGAGAGUACAGAACUGCGGACUUUAUCAAGGGGGCCAUUUCUAGCCGUGGGCGGGAACUAGGCCGUGGGGUCCCUACCCCAUCAGAAGUUACCCAGUUGGUUGCCUGCAGCUAUGAGGGCUGCAAGGCUUUGCGCGAUUCGCUUGAGAUGAUAAUCUUCGUCGAGAGAGCCUAG